AUGGGACGUUCUCACCUAAAUUCCGUAAUCCUGAUUCUUUUUUCUGUCAGCUUAGCAUCAUUUAGCGGGAACAUCAUUGCUGAGGCAUGUAAACUUGCAGAGAUCCCUGAGCUUCCCGUGGUUCCUAAGCCUGAGCUUCCGGUGCUUCCUAAGCCUGAGCUUUCUGUCAUUCCUAAGCCUGAGAUUCCCGUACUUCCUAAACCUGAGCUUCCAAAGCCUGAGCUUCCGGUCGUUCCUAAGCCUGAGGUUCCCGUCGUUCCAAAGCCUGAGAUUCCUGUUCUUCCAAAGCCUGAGCUUCCCGUGCUUCCAAAGCCUGAGCUACCUGAGGUUCCAAAACCUGAUGUUCCUGUAGUUCCAAAGCCUGCUGUGGUUCCUGAGUUUCCAAAGCCCACGUUUCCCGUCAUUCCGAAGCCCACAUUGCCAGAGUUGCCUAAGGAUUUUCCUAUCCCUUCCGUUACCCAUCCAUAA